AUGAGUGAGAAGGCACAGAAAUUUUUUCUAGAAAUGAAUGUAAAGGGUAUCAUGAAUGAUGAUGGAGCUGGAAACACCAAGUGGGUUGUCAAAGAUGGAGAAUAUAGCAGUGAUUCUACAUCCAUUGGACUCAUCUCGGAAGAAGAUUCAAUGAACUCUGAGUGUUCUUCUUCAUCAGAGUUGACCGAGGAUGCAUCCUCUUCAACAUCAUCUUCAUCAACAUAUUCAAAUGGACCUUUAUACGAACUAUCAAACCUCAUGAACCAUCUCCCUAUAAAGAGAGGGUUAUCUAUGUUCUAUCAAGGGAAGGCUCAGUCUUUCACAUCUUUAGCAAGGGUGCAGAGCAUAGAGGAUCUUCCUAAGAAAGACACACCUUAUAGAAAGAGAAUGAAGUCUUGCAAAAGUUAUGGUGGAGGCUUGGAUAGUCAUAGAAUAGCCUACUCUCCAAAGGCUACAAUAUCAAAGAAAGUUUCAAGAGGGUCUUUUGCAUCUGUACUUAACAAAAGAGGGAGUUUCUUGGGAGAAUCUAGGCCUUCCAUUGCUAUUCACAAGAACUUUUGA